CAGUUGUAUCUUAUCGUCAGAGUGACAUCAGCAGCUGGAACUUUUGUUUUCGUAUCGCUUUUAUCAGCUUACAACGCUGCGUUAUCCCUUGGCGCGUCUGCUCAUCUCGCUUUCUCUCGGGUUUCGUUUCUGAUACUUCGAGGCAUUUGCUGGCGCGGGAGGCGUAUGAAUCAGUCCAGUGUCGCCGUCUCUCCGUGGCACGCAAUGUCGCCCUGUGGUGCGGAUCGCCAUGCGUUGACUACUUGAAGUUGUGACCAGUGUCUACGGCACAUUAUGGAGCCGAACGAAAAGUCCCCGCUGUUGUCGAGCGCGAUCAACCGGAAUGACAGUGAAACAGCGCGCAGUGGAUGCAGUUCGGCGGCUGUGAGCGAGAGCUUCUCCAGUCAUUCCUCUAGGAAACCAUUCCACUACCCCAUUGGCGAGCAUGGUCACAUAGUACCAGACUCAGAUGCAAAUGUGGCAGCAACUUACAGCCGAUACCGCUACUACACCAAGCUGGUGGAUCCAUCACUACAGAUGCUGUGUAUCCCCGAGCAUGUGCUCCCAGCAUACUUGUCGUUGCCUUUCUUCAAGCCAUCAGCAGACGGUGAACAGAGCAGCUUUGUGACAAUCUUUGCCAUAUGGAACACUAUGAUGGGCACCUCACUGCUCAGCAUGCCAUGGGCCAUAUCACAGGCCGGCUUUGCCGGGGGUAUAGUGCUCGUCUUAGCCAUAGGACUCCUCUGCCUGUACACUGCAUACAGGGUGCUCAGCAGCCCUAGCCUCACUGGCCUCAAGGGUGAACCACUGGAAUUCUCAGAUGUGUGCCACCAUUUCUUGGGCGAAUGGGGCGAGCGGCUAGCCAUUGUGUUCUCCAUGAUGCCUCUCAUUGGAGCCACUGUGGUCUUCUGGGUGCUCAUGUCCACUUUCUUGUCCAAUACAAGCGUGUUUGUUUAUGAUCACAUCGCUGGGAUUAUUGGGCCUGAUGACCAAAGCGCAAGCCUACUGUGUGCCAAAAGCUUUAGUGAGUCAUAUGAUGCUGAUGUCUCACUAUUCUCUAACUCAACGAACACUACAAACGACAAGAUUCUCGACGUUCUGGAGAGCAAGUACACAAUGCCUAUUGUCCUGGUGUUCCUGCUGUUUCCAGUUCUCAACCUGAAAUCUCCAUCUUUUUUUUUCAAGUUUACCUCUCUUGGAACUAUAUCUGUGUUCUACUUACUGAUCUACAUUUUCAUCAAGGCUGCUUCUUGGGGAAUCAACAUCAAUUUUGUGGACAAGACAAACCUCUACUACACCCCACUGUUUAAGACCACAUUUUCAGCACUGACUGGAGUCCUGUGCCUUUCCUUUUUUAUACACAACUGCAUCAUCUCCAUGAUGCGCAAUCAGAGGAGGCCAGAAAACAAUAAAAGGGACUUGUCAAUUGCCUUUGGCCUCGUCAUAACUACGUACCUGCUCGUAGCCAUUCCAUUCUACGCCACCUUUCCAAUGGCAAAAAGCUGCAUUGAAGAUAACUUGCUCAAUAACUUUGCCAACCAUGAUGUGAUGGCAUUCGUGACACGUAUUUUCCUCCUGGUGCAAUACAUAACAUUGUUCCCCAUGAUUACGUACCUGCUGAGAGUGCAGUUCAUGCACUGGGUCUACCGUGUUGUUUAUCCAGGGUGGAAGCAGGUGGUUUCUGUCAAUGCAGUAGUGGUAGCGAUGUGCGUUCUUUUUGCCAUAUUUUUGCCUCAAAUCGGCACCAUUUUAAGGUACUGCGGUGCCCUGUCUGGACUAGUGUACAUAUUUUCUCUGCCCUGCAUUAUCUACAUGGUUGCCCUAUGGCGGUUUCACAAGUUGACCGCCAGCACAGUCCUGGUGCAUGGGUUCAUUAUUGUGCUGGGUGUCUUAAACUUUGUCUCCCAGUUCCUGCUACAGUACUUUGAAUAGGCUGCCAGCCAGAUUCACACAUGGUUGCCAUUUAGGUCUUGAGCUAUAUGCAUGUCUGGUGAUUCAAUCUCAGGAGAGUACAAUGUUGAGCCAGUUUGUGCUUAGCUAAUUUAUAAAACUAUACAAGCAGGUGUGGAAAGCAAAGGUGGGACGAGCACCAGCUCACAGCUAAGCUUACCUGCAGAAAGACAUGCACCUUGCAGCUCUGGCCAUGUCCCCUGAUGCAGCAAGUAUGCACUGAAAACAAGCAGGACAUCUAAGCUCUAAAACAGCAGACAGCCAUAAAAAACGUUUACCAUUCUAUAGUUUUAGGCAAUGCUUGCAUGUGCAAUGUUGUAUGUUUUAGGCAAUGCUUGCAUGCAUCUGUAUGCAUGUUCACUGACUGUGUGCAUGCAGCCAGAGCUGCUAUCCCAUUCUUCGUUUCUGUGCCUGCUUGGUCUCUCCUUUCUGUUACACUGAUUUCAAACAGGCCUGUUGCCAUAUGACCACAUAGUGACAUGAAGUUCUAUUCAUUAUCACAAUAUUAAGCAGUAAAUUUUACACUUAGGCCAUAGUUAAAAUGAACAAUAAUGAAUGCAGUUUUCAGCAUACUUGUGCAGGAUGAGAUAAAAACUCAUGGGCACAUUAAAUGGGGAGCUAAAAAGAGCACAGUUAGUGCAACAAAACUUCUGAUUUGCAAAUUAGCAGCAUGUGUAGCUCCUAAAUGGCUUUACACAUUGGUAGCCAGCAUGCAGUACAUUUAUCAACAUGUCCUUACCUGUGAGCUGGUCUUGGGGCCUAGUUUCAUUUUCAUCAUUCUUUCCAUCUUCCCUGUGUAUUAUAUCUUUUAAGCUUAACUUUUCUUAGAUUUCUUUUAAACAUUAUGUCAUCAAUGUCCUCUACAAUGCUAGCAGGUAGUAACAACAUGGCUCAUGUUGUUCUGCCUGUAAGAUUAAUGCCUUACAGAAGACUGUGACCAGAAGUUUCUGUGAAAAUUUUUUGAAGUUGGAAGUUAUUGAAAUUGAGUGGGUCUUAAAUGGAAAUGCCAGAUGUUAAUCACCUUCACACUUAUUCAUCCUUGUUUCCCAAUCGCUGUGUUUCUUAGUAUGUAUUUCAUACUAAGCAACAGAGUGUAUAUGAUUGCUUAACAUAAUUAUAUUACAUAAUAACCCAACAACUAGUAGCCAUCAUGUUCUUUUCUUUGUACGUGGCUCUAGUCAGCAUGGAACAUAUAUCAGAUGUGCAAAUUGCCAGCAUUCAACUCCAUUUCAGUGUUUAAGGUUUUACACAAGUCACAAUGAAGAUUACUGAAGUUAAUGAUGGUCGAUAGUACUAUAAAUCCUGCAGCCACACCACUGAGGCAGCUGCCAUUGCAACACUGGAGGCAUUGUAUUGUUACUCUGAAAUUUAUAGUACUAAUAUUACUUACUGUCUGGUAUACGACAGUAAAUACUCUCUCCUGUUUUUAAUCAAAGAUACAUACUUUAGAUAUUGUUUUCUAUAUCAAAUGUGAUAUCUUUUUAGAAUGAUAGUUGUCGUUUUUUUACUUGCAAGGAUCAUAGGGGUGUGCCUGAAUUCUGAAUCAUAGCCACUUGUGCCUUGAGCUCGAUAUGCCUAUAAGUUGUUGAUGUCACACCAAGCGAUGUGAAUGCAGUUGAAGCUGAUAGUAGAUAUUGCAGCCAAAGUUACACAUGUUGUGUCAUAUGCCAUAAAGUUGUAUUGCAAAGUAAUCAUUAUGUUCAAGCAGCAGGCACUGCAUAGAAUGCAAAGAACAUAAGAAUCUGCUUUGUGUAAUUGUUUGGAGUUUUACGUUAACGUGUCUAUGAAUUAACUUCCACAAGGUCUGAUAAAUUGCUAUAUUUAUUAAGCAAAGCACACAAUUUUUAUUUACAUCUGGAAAUAUAUCUUUUCCUUUUUAUGUUAUGCAAAUAUGUUGUACAAAGAGAAACUACUUGCAUUGACCUCUUUUGGCUAGUCGAGUGAUGCAUACUGAAUGGCAAUUCUUAGAGCACAUUUUUUGUUCAUAUGCAAAUUUGUCCUACUUUCUGUAAAGACUUGCUAAUUGUAAACCAUUCUAUAACUUUCCUCAUCUCAGGUUUAUAAAUGAGAUUCUACAUGCUCUCUUGUUUAUGUAGGAAAUAUUUUUGUUUAGAUUAUAAGGUUUUGAUGCAUAAUCAUUUAAACUUGGGAAACAGAAGAACUGUAUUUUGCAGACAAUUGCAAUAAAUAUAUUCAAGAACACUGA